AUGGCUGACGAUGGCAUGCUCCUCAACUUCGACAUCGGCGACGGCCCGCUCGUCGCGAAGCCCACCUUCAAGGGUGGCCGCUGGAAAGACCGAUUGACCGCCAAAAAAGCCGCUGCGCGCCGCGAGAAAAAGUCAAACCCGAAGCCCACUGCUGACGACGAUGCACAACCUCAUUCCGACCCGAGACCCGUCAAGCGCCAGCGCGUCGAUGACCACUUCGGUCAGCAAAAGAGCCACGCGAAACCCAACCAGCCCGCGAAAAAUGCGCCGCCCAAACAAGUCGUGUCCUCCCUCUUCACCUUCAACCCGGCCUCCAAGACUCAGGCCGAGAAGAAGCGCGAGUUCGAUAACGAAGAGCCUAUCGCCCCUAGUAACGCCCCGCUGUCUCCCGAGCUCGAGACCUUUACCAAGCUCGGCCUUUCCCCGAACCUGGCCAGCCAUCUGUUGAACAAGCUCUCCAUAAAAGCCCCCACUGCCAUUCAGAAGUCGGCCAUAUCACAGCUGGUGAGCGAUGACUCGGAUGCUUUCAUACAGGCUCAGACUGGUUCCGGAAAGACGCUGGCAUAUGUGUUGCCCAUUGUACAGCGGCUGGUGAACCUGGGCAAGGAUAACGUCCACCGUGACUCCGGUCUUUUCGCUAUAAUCCUCGCGCCGACACGUGAAUUGAGUAAGCAGAUUUCUGUCGUGCUGGAAAACGUCCUGCGUGCCACCAACUGGAUUGUCUCUGGCACUGUCAUUGGUGGUGAGAAGAAGAAGUCGGAAAAGGCUCGCGUUCGGAAAGGCUUGAACAUCCUGGUCGCCACCCCCGGUCGGCUUGUCGAUCAUCUUGAGCAUACCGAGGCCCUGGACGUUGGCAACGUGCGAUGGUUGGUGCUGGAUGAAGGCGACAGGCUGAUGGAGCUCGGGUUCGAGAACGAUAUUCAGAAGAUCGUCGGUGCCCUUAACCUGCGCAUGAAGGCGAGCAAGGCAAGAAUACCCGGGUUGCCCGCCAAGAGGAUGACCAUCCUGUGUUCGGCAACCAUGAAGAUGAACGUUCAGCGCUUGGGCGAGAUCAGUUUGAAGGAUGCCGUGCACAUUCAGAAUGACUCUUCCGAAGAAGAAACGAAGGAGUCGACGACGUUCCUGGCCCCAGCCCAGCUUCGCCAAUCAUACGCUGUCGUGCCCGCCAAGCUUCGGUUGGUUACCCUGGUCGCCGUCUUGAAGCGUGCAUUUGCAAGGAAAGGAAGCGUCAUGAAGGUCAUCGUUUUCAUUUCGUGUGCCGACUCGGUCGAAUUUCACUUUGAAGUUCUGGCACGAGAUCCAGAGGAGGAGUCCAAGGAGAAGCGCAGCGAAGAGGCUGAUAAGGAGGAAAAGAAGGACGAGAAGUCCAGGUUCGGGGAUAGGAAGCGCAAAAAGUUUGAGCCGACCAAGAUCGAACCUGUUACGACAAACCGCACAACUGCACCAUCACCCACCUUGUCCGGCGAGGAUAACCCGGUCACCGUCUACAAACUCCACGGUUCCCUCGCUCAGUCUCUCCGUACAUCGACCCUUCAGUCCUUUACUAAGAGCACCACCCCAGCUGUGCUUGUCUGUACUGACGUAGCUUCACGUGGUCUCGAUCUCCCUAAUGUAGACUUUGUCAUUGAAUACGACCCGGCGUUCGCCCGGGACGACCACCUCCACCGCAUCGGUCGUACCGCUCGUGCCGGCAGGGACGGGCGCGCCAUGAUCUUCCUGCAGCCGGGCGACGAGGAGGGCUACGUCGACAUCCUCAAGCAAGACCGGCCUUCGACCGACUCGGGUACCACCGGGCUUGUUCGGCACGAUGCCAACGAACUGCUCCGCAAGGCCUUCAUGCCAGCUGGUGUCAUCUCCAAGGCGGCGUGGGAGGACGCAGCCACCAGCUGGCAGCUCGACGCCGAGCGCUGGGCCCUUGCGAAGCCGGGCCGCCUGGAGCUGGCGAGACGCGCGUACCAGAGCCAUGUACGGGCCUAUGCGACGCACGUCCAGGACGAGCGCAUCUACUUCAACAUCAAGGAGCUGCAUCUCGGACAUCUGGCUAAAGCCUUCGGGCUGCGCGACCGGCCCGGUGCUAUCAAGGUGCCGGGGCUGCGACCGGAUGCGGCAAAGGGCAAGGAGGACAAGGGUCGCAGAGUCAGGGAGAAGGCGGUGGGUGGAGACUCGUCCAGCCGGUCAGCGUCGGGCGUGCAGGGCGGAAACGAGGUAGACGAGGCGGGCAGGAAGAUGAGGGCAUUGGCGAGGAAGAUGGCAGGUGGGGCCAGCGAGUUCAACCUGGGAUGA